GAGCGCUCAGUAAUAGAUACAUUUACAGAGCGACGGUGACAGCGCAGAAAGGAGCUGCCACUAGCAGGUCAUACUAGUUGUAUACGCAGCGAGUUUUGUGAAGGGAAAUUUGAAAGUUCGCUUUGCUUUGUAACGAAUGAAAGGCGAGAAGAUUGAACAGAAACAGGAAAUUCCAGCACAUCGAGCGCCUGAAAAGAAUCAUACGAGGAACAAAAGUGUUUUGGAAGACUAAAAAAAAAAAAAGUUAUCAAUUGUUGGCAGAAACAAAAGUUUUUUGUUUUUUUUAAAGAAAACAGAAAGUUAAGAUUUAUAUUUCUGAAGUGACUGUCAAAGACAAAAUUGUGUCUGCAGUCCCGAUUGCCAAACUGCAAACUUUAUUUUUCCUACGUGUUUAAAAGGGGAGGAUGGAAACACCCUUUUAUCACGAUGAUGUGUUGAAUGCAACUCUAGCACACAGCGCUUACUCGUACAACAACAUGAUGAAGAAAGACAUGACCCUAAACUUGAGCGACCCCGCCUCCGGCUUGAAAUCCCACCUGAGAGACAAUGACGGGAUCCUCAACUCUCCCGACAUGGGGCUCCUGAAACUCGCUUCCCCCGAACUGGAGCGGCUCAUCAUACAAUCCAAUGGAAUGGUCACCACAACCCCGACUUCCCAGUUCCUCUACCCGAAGUCCGUGACUGAGGAGCAAGAGUUCGCCGAGGGCUUCGUGAAAGCGCUGGAGGACCUUCACAAACAGAACCAGCUCAACGGGACUUGCGUUCAAGCCGGCACCUUGGACCUGAGCUCGAAUAACGGCUCUAGCGUCAGCAUGCACCCGGACCUUCCAAUCUACACUACACUGAGCGGCUACACCAGUGCAAUGGGGACCAAUGUGAACUAUUCCACAGACACUGUACCAUUCCCACCGCCGCCUCCCCACCAUAUGGGCCAGCAGCAGCAGCAGCAGCAGCAGUCACGGUUACAGGCGCUCAAGGACGAACCCCAGACUGUACCUGACGUGCAGUGCUUCAGGGAGAGCCCGCCACUGUCGCCCAUCGACAUGGACACGCAGGAGAGGAUAAAAGCGGAGAGGAAGAAGAUGAGGAACAGAGUCGCCGCUUCCAAAUGCAGAAAGAGGAAACUGGAAAGAAUAUCGCGGCUGGAAGACAAAGUCAAAUCUCUCAAGACCCAAAACACAGAGCUAGCCUCCACGGCAAGCGUCCUGCGAGAGCAGGUGGCCCAGCUGAAACAGAAAGUUAUGAGCCAUGUAAACAGUGGGUGCCAGUUACUGCCACACCAGGUCCAGGCUUAUUAAGAAAGCAUGAACUUUCUCGUGGCCUGUAUAAGCUCAGAACUGAUUGCUGUUGACGCGUGCGUGUGUGUUUCAAACCACAGAACGGUAAUUGGGCUCUAAAUUAAAGACUUGGACACUAAUGAGUGGCUCACCAGCCUAAUUGUAAAAGGUUUACAUGGGACUGUUUUAUUACCGUUUUCACCCAUUUCUCAUCUGGGGAUUAUGAUAACAGAUCUCUAAAUGACGUCAUUUUGUAUUUGAAAGCCUUAUUGAAUGAGAAGAACUCUAAAAAAAUAUUGUGCAUGUUUGUGACGACAAACUUGGUGAAUGCCGCCAGGGUCUCGCCGAGUGCAAUGUUCCAAGUGUAAUGCCUUAAUGUUUACAAGCACUCAACAGAGAAAAAAUGUAUAUUUUAUAUAAAAAAAUUGACCUCUGUACAGUGUCUUAUAUUGUCAACGUCCUUUUUUUAUUGUUUACUUCGCACAAUGUGAAGCUGUUAUGGUUAUGUUAUUGUGAGGAUAUGAGUUGCGUGUUUGUUACCUUCUUCUUUGUCUAUUUUAUCAUGUUGCACUGAGAACAGUAUGACUUUUGUCAGUCUUCACAUUCCGGUUAUAUAUUUCAACCUGGAACUCGUGUCCAAAUAAAAAGUGUUAACGAAUAAAAAAAACUUUUGUUUAAAUAAGUUACACAA